GAGACAACUGCUGCAUCUGCUCACAUCUGCCUGUACUCUGCACCAGGGGAUGAACACCCGUCAACCAAAAGACUGAGACAGUAUUUACGGCUUGCCAUAUUUUUAAAAUAAGUUUUCGGGUAAUCUAAGACUGAGUUGAAAAAUUUAUUCGAGGAAUUUAUUAGACAUUAUUCUUGGUGGGGAGGAAUUUGUUGCUUUUUUGGUGGAGGAGAUUCGGUCUGAUUGCCGUUACGACUUACCACGCGUCUGUGAAUUUGACGGUCAAGUGUAACGGUCAGUUGUGACGUUUAGACGCGAUUUUUUAAGAGUAUUGAACAAUGCGUCCAGAUUCGAGGAGUGUUUCUUUUACUUUUCACCGUGAGGUCCUUGCGGACCGUUCGCCCCAGGUGUCACAGAGCCGUCGAAACCUCCGCCAGAGGCUUCAGGACAAAUUCGAUAAAGAGAAACCCGACCCAAAGGAUAAAUCCAACGGUAAAUCAGAAGCCAGAGGAUGGAACAAUUUGAGCCUUGGGAAUGUAUCCGCGGAUUCAAGGCGAGCCUUCAGAACGGGUGCGGAAAAACUCUCGAAGACUAUUUCGUCAGUUAGAACGACCAUUGGAACAAUUUCCCAGAAAUUUCGAAGUUCAACAAGAAGAAGACAAAUCCUGGACGAGCAGCAGUCGCCGAUGAAUGGAGGAAGUUCUGCAACUCCUCAGACUCGUUCUCGGUGCCUUCUGGGUCGCACCCCGACGAAACUCUACUCUCCCUUCGGCAUAGAAUCACCGAGACACGCCUGGGGAAAGGAAAAUGACACCCCACCAGGGCCAGCCAAAUCCUCAGGGCCAAGAGAGCCCCUGCGACCCUUUCGGUUCAUCAAAUCACGAGGUUUCUCCUCCCUCAGAUAAACCCAGGGACCCAACGAACAAACGAUAAUAAUUAGUUGGCUAGAUAAUUACUAUUAAGAAAUUUCUGAUGUCGGUGACUUCAUCCCGUGAAAUCUAUCAUCUAUUAUUUAUACGCUAGCUUGUAAGCAUUCCUACGAGUGCGCGCUGGAUAUCGAAAAGAGAUCAAAGCUUUUACCUUUGAUACACUAAAAGGUAGCUAUUCCCUGUUGAAUCCCCAGUUUUCUCAACAAUUCAUAGCAGACUGUGGAGACCAAUGAUAUUAUGACACUUAUACUUUUUUAUGCUUUUUAUAUUGUUCUCUGACGGGAGAAAUAAAAUAUCAUCGUAAAACGCUCGGUAUUCAUUUACUUAAUCAUAUAAAUAAAAAUUCAUU